AUGGCGAGGAAUGUCCGGCGCGCUGUCUGCGAGACGCGAAUGAGGGUCUGGGCGGUCCUCAGCUGCCGCAGGCACGAGCGGCGCUCCGCAGAGGGCGCGCCGGGCGGCCAUAUAGACCGGUCUAGGUGCUACGCCUACCUGACCGACAACGCCAGCUCGUCCACCCCGAGCGACUGCGAGCGGAGCGGCGGCAAGUGGUCGACGGGCGGCAGCAACGGGAGCUGGCAGGAGGAGCCCGGCAUGAGGAGCACCAUGGUCGCGGCCUCGCAGGACAAGUUUGUGCGGCUGAGGGUCGACAUGGAGGCGGAGAUGAAGAGUUACGGCCUCACGGAGUCCAAGGACCUGAAGGCCCUCUGGAAAAAGAUGGACAAGGACGGCAACAACGAGAUAGAGAUCUCCGAGGUGCUGGACUUGACGCAGGAGCUGGUCAAGUCCGGGAUCUGGCCCAAGUGGAUGAGCUACCCGGAGCGAAGUGCGGGGCACCUCAGGAAAUUCAGCUCUUUCAGCGAGUAG